GAGCAAAACCCACACUUCCAAACACACCUCCUCACCUCUUCAUUCAUUCGCAUGUACGCACUCACAUCACAUUUCGGUGCUGUUACAGAGAUACGUGCAGAGCGAUUCGCGGCUCACAUCUUUGCCCCAAGAAUCCUUUUAAGGUUUUGAUUCAUUUUAACCUAAUCGGUGUGGCUAAGGGGGUCUUCCUUUUGAUUUAGUGUAUUGUGUGUGGAAUCCACGGAAACGAGGGUGUAAAGGGGCUUCUCGUUUGCAGCUUAAACGAGAUUUGGAGUUCAUCCAUGGAGGCUGCUUCUACUGUGGUGAUCAAGGUCAAGUAUGGGGAUAUGCUGAGGCGUUUCAAUGCUCUAAUUGUUGAUGAGGAAUUGGGUCUCAGUAUGGACGGACUAAGAGGGAAGAUCCUUUCCCUCUUCAGCUUUGCUCCGGACACUGAGUUAAUGCUCUCUUAUAUUGAUGAAGAUGGUGAUAUGGUGACCCUUGUUGAUGCUGAUGAUCUCCGUGAUGUGAUGAAGCAGGGUUUGAACCCUAUUAGAAUAACUGUUAAGCUGAGUUCUGGAAAAACCACAAGACGGUUUAAUAGUUCAAGUGAAAGUUCUAUACCCCUCAAAUCACCUAGGGUGCAACCAACAUUGCAAAAUCUGCAAGCUGGGGUAUCAGAGAUCCUGAAAACAGUGCCAGAGCCUCUACGUGCAACACUCACUAAGCUCUCCACUGAUUUGACCUCAAAAGUGUCAUUAUCUGCUCCAGGUAUUACAGAGUUUGUUGACUACUUCUCGAAAGUGGGCUUGUCCUGUCUGGUUCAGCUUUCUGAGUUCCAAACUAGAGCGCAGCCCACCACAAACAAUGAUGCUCUUGAAACCAGGCGAGCACUAACAGAAACCAAAGACUCUAUGAUGUCCAAGAUUGAUGCUGCCACUCUGAAGGUUCCAUCAAAUGGCAGAGAAGGGCAAUCCUCGAAGAGUGGUGAGAGCUUGACAAAACUUCAACCUGAGGAGACCAUGGAACACAACAAGGUGAAACUUAUUAAUGUAACUGGAGGGAACAUGGAGACUUCAUCUUCAGAAGUGAUUGGCUUAAAAGCUGUGUCAUCAGCCCUUGGAAAUGUUAGUGUUGGUAAGCAAGAAAAGGUCAAUAAAAUCAAGGACCGUUAUUUAAAUGAAAAGUCUCAUCUGAUAUCUUCUCAUUCACUAGUUCCUCCGAAGAAGAAGCUUGGAAAAUCUUCUUGCACAUCUGUUAAUCUGCCAUCUGAAGGAAAUAAUGUUCCUACUGAAAAGGAGGUUCAUGAGCCUAGUGAGCCUCAUGUUGGACACAAAACUGCUGAUACCAGUGCUCCUCAUCCUAUGAAGGGGGAUUGUCUUGAUGGAAGGAUGAGAUGUGUAUUUCCUGGUGGUUUGUGGGCAUCUCCAGGCUCAAUAUGGGGACCUCCUAAUUCUGUUAGUUCAAAUUUGCCAGUCUUACUGUCUGGCUCUAACCCCAUAUACGAGUGCUCAUUUUCUGGAACACCUAUUGGAAAUACCUCAGCUGCUCCGUUGUCUCACACUUCCCAGGCAGUUCCGUUUAGGAGCAGCAGCAGUCAGAAUGACAGCAUUGGUAUUGUCUUCCACCGGGGUGUUCGUUGUGAUGGUUGUGGGGUCCAUCCAAUAACUGGUCCCAGGUUCAAGUCAAAAGUAAAGGUGGACUAUGAUCUAUGCAGAAUCUGCUUUUCAGAAAUUGGAAAUGACACUGACUAUAUCAGAAUGGAACGCCCAGUAGUUCGUCGACACCAUAUGUCUGAGGGGUUCUAUGAUUCAAACCAGGCUCCAAUGCUACCAGAAGUCUCUAAGAUCAAACCAUGUGCAUCCAAGCUAGAUAGUUGCUUCAUUCAGGAUGUGAAUGUAUUUGAUGGCACUACUGUGGCACCUCUAACUCCAUUUAUCAAGAUUUGGCGAAUGAGGAACAAUGGUAUGGUUGUAUGGCCCCAGAAAACACAGCUUAUCUGGAUUGGUGGACAUAGAUUGAGCAGUCAUAAUUCUAUUGAAUUGGAGAUUCCUGCAGCUGGUUUGCCGGUAGACCAUGAGCUUGAUAUCAUGGUUGAUUUCAUUGCUCCUGAGCUUCCUGGUCAGUACAUUUCUUACUGGAGAAUGAUUUCACCCUCUGGCCAAAAGUUUGGGCAACGUGUUUGGGUUCUUAUCCAGGUUGAUGCUUCUGUGAGAGGGACACCAUAUGAAAGCAUUAGGAGCUUGAACCUGAACUUACCUCCUGUAACCAACGGCUUAAUUGGUUCUGAAACUGUCAAUGCAGAGGCAGAGCCAAUUGUGAAAGAUAGUGAGCCCAAGCGCAAUAACUACAAAAAGAUGGCUGAAAUAGUGGAACCAGUACUAGACUUGCAGCCAAACAAUUUUCAGGACAUGAAAUUCCCAAUCAAUGACAGCUUGCUGGUUGGCAGUGGUGCAUCAAGCACUGUUCGUUUCGCUGAUCCAUCCGUUCCAUGUCCUGUUAUUCAUAUGCUUGAUCCCCCACUUCCACCAGCACCCACUACAAGUGCAAAUGUAGACACACUAGAGCUCCCAGGAAAGAUGGCUGGAAAUGGUGCAUCAAACUCUAUUCCAAGUCCUAUUAUUCAUAUGCUUGAUCAAUCACCUCCACCUGCAGCAGCUAUUUCGAGUUCAGAGGAAUCAGCAGUAGAGCUCCGUGCAAAAAAGGAAGUGGAGGAGCAACUCCUUAAGGAGCUUGAGGAGAUGGGCUUCAAACAUGUUGCUUUAAACAGGGAAAUCUUGAGGAUGAAUGACUAUGAUUUGGAGCAAGCCGUGAAUGAUCUUUGUGGUGGUGUUGAUUGGGAUUCUAUCCUUGAGGAUUUGUGGGAGAUGGGUUUUCAUGAUACAGAAAUGAACAAGAUGCUGCUGAAGAAGAAUAAGGGAAGUAUCAUGCGCGUGGUUAUGGAUCUUAUCAUUGCAGGGAAGAUCUAGUAUAUAGACAUCCUAGUACAUUUUAUCAAUAAAUGCCAGUACUUUAGGAGCUUUAAUGGUACCCUUUUUGGCUCUUCCGUCUGAUCCUUUGCUUAUGUUAAGUUGUGCUGGUUGAACCUGUUUUAAUAGCUGUUUAUAUAUAACUUAAGUUCUGCUUGUACUUCUUUUGUCUA